AUGACCACAACUGUUCUCGGAACAGCUGCUUCGACUCGUACUCAGAGAGUCCUACUCGUAUUGGAAGAACUAGGCAUCGACUAUGACUUGAAAGUAGUUGAUCUCUCCAAGGGGCAACACCACGACCUCGAAUAUGUCAGAGACCAUCAUCCGUUCGCGAAAGUACCAGUGUUCCAAGACGACGGAAUCGAGAUCUUUGAGUCUAGAGCCAUUGCUAGAUACCUGGCUGUGAGGCAAAAGUCGCCCCUUGCUCCGCCUAGUGAUGAUCCGGAGGCAUUGGCAGUUUUCGAGCAAGCCGCUAGCGUGGAGUACGCUUACUUUGAACCUGCUGUCUCUACCCUUGGAUUUGAACUCAUCUUCAAGGAAAUGUUUAACCUCGGAGACACCGACCAAGGAAUAGUUGAUCAGCAAAAGAAGUUGCUGAGCACCACCCUUGACCUGUAUGAGAAACAACUGCAAAGUCAAGAAUAUCUGACUGGAAAGGAUUACAGUCUCGUUGACCUCUUCCAUGUCCCCUGGUUGGGGUUUCUCCGGAAUCGAUUGCACCUUGGAGAGUUUAUCGACUCUAGAAAGAACGUGGUGGCCUGGGCUGAUCGUAUAAGCCAGCGCCAAGCAUCAAAAGCUGUUUCAGCCAAGGCUGAACAGCAUUAG